AAUUGGCAGUCUCAUUUUAACAGUGGACAAGAGUGAACGGUGAAGAAAAUAUACGGUCUUUUGCUUUAGGAAAAUUACAACAAGCUAAUUAUUUGCUAUGUAUUACAAAUAAAGAAAAUACUAACGAAAUUUUUGUAAUUUAAACCAAAUUUGCACGAAAAAUAUGUGAAAUUAACAUAAUUUGACUACAAAAUUAAUACCGCAAAAAUUUUUGGCGCCGCCAUAUUGCUUUUCUUGUCUAUGUUAUCCAAAAUCAUUGUAUUAAAAGAGAACGAACGACAAACCUAGUGAAAAAAAAGUACAAUCUCUGGCCAAGUGAAAAAGCCUAUAUAUACGGUUCGUGUUUGUGCGUGUGUUUGAAGCAAACGAGUGCGAGUAGUGAAGGGAGUGUUCUUCUUCGUCAUAUACAAAAGCGUAUGUGUGUGACAAAAAAAGCGAAACGAAGUAGAAAAUUUUAUUAUCGUUCACUCGUUCGUGAUGUUGGCAAAAUAAAAUUUGUCUGUUUCGUUUUACAGUGCAUCUCAUGUGUGGUAUUUUCAAUUAAAUUUGUUAGAAAAAGAAAAAACAAUAAUAAAAGAAUUGUGUGCUAAUAAAAAAAAACAAAAUAAACCUCUACUAAUUACAAAAACAACAAUCAAAACAAUAAUUAUCAUAAAAAAGUGUAAAGGAAUUUGUUUUUUUUCUAAAAAAAAAAAUUCUUCAAAUUAAUUGCUCAUCAUCAACAAAUUAAGAUUAUUGCGUAAACUUUUCUCCUCUACACAGUUCACUAAAGAGGCCUCCAAAUGAUGGAAGAUAUAACAAAAAAUAUUAUCUUUACAAAUGCUCUUGGAGCCAAUGUACAACCUAUACAAUAUCAAACAGCUGAUGGCACCAUCUUAAAACAACCCAAAAUUGAGGGACAAAAGGAUCAACCAACCUUUUACUACACCACCACAAAUGGCAAUGGAGCCACCGUAAAUUUGGCACAAUUAGCCACCGAUGAUAACAAGACCUGCUAUAUAGCCCAACCAGUAGGAGGCUAUAAUUAUGCUUUAGUCAAUGGCAUGCAAUUGAAUCAGUUAAAUCAAGGUGGCACCAUAGGUAUAGCCACCUUAGAUUCUCAAGGUAGAUUGCAAAUAGUUAAUCAAAAUAAACCUAUAGCAGCACAGUCUUUACAGACUAUAUCGCCCAUACAAAAUACUAUCUCCAAUAUAAGUUUUAAAUGUGAUGUUUGUGGUUUAAUGUUUUCACAUUUGGCUUUACUGAAUCAUCACAAACGUAUACAUGCCCAAGAUGGUAGUGAUCAGCAACAUCAGCAGUCCCAGCAACAGGAAGCUAUUGUAGUCAAUGCUCAAGGUUUAGUGCAAACACAAAAUAUUAUAACCGAAAAUGGACAAAUGGGACAAAUACAAAUUGUGGCCACAGAGGCUUUAGAACCACAAGCUGUUCUACAACAGCAACAACAACAACAGCAGCAGCAGCAACAAUUACAACAGCAACAACAACAACAACAGCACCAAUCACAGUCCACAAAUGAGGUACAAUUAAAUAGCUCCAACUCUAAUAAACAAUUGAAACUCGAACAAAGCAAAUGCAGCAGUUGUGGUGUACAAAUACUCCAACCUGUCAAACGUAAAGGACCUAAAAUUAACCGUUGCGAUUCAUGCGUGCAAAACGAUCAAGCCCAACAACAGGCUGCCGCCCUAGCAGCUGCCCAACAAGUAACACCCACUCAAAUUUUUGUUGCACCUGAUGGUGAAAUUAAAUUUGAAAUGAAUGAACUACAAAGUGGUAAUUCAGAAUCUUCUAUGGACUCUCUAAAUGCCCAAAAUAUGUUACAAAAUCAUUUACAGCCGGUACAAAUAAUUUCCACAAAUGCACAGGGUCAGCAAGUGCAACUGGUGGCUCAGUCAAGUAAUCAGCCAGCGACUACAUCGACGGUAACAGCAACGAGUAUAAAACGUGAGAAUUCCCAUGGUGGAACUUCAUCACAACCGGCCAAGAAAAAGUAUACUCAACCUAAAGUGACAAAGUGCAAUAAGUGCAAUGGUUCGGGGGUGGUGUUUGCCGGUUCGGGAGCACCAGCCUCAAAGCAACAGUGUACAGCGCAAUCGACAGUGAAAACUGAAAAUCCUAAACCUUUCACCUGCAACAUCUGUGGUGGUACAUUUUCCCGCUAUUCAAGUUUAUGGUCUCAUAAAAAGCUGCACAGUGGUGAGAAAAACUAUAAAUGUAGUAUAUGUGGUUUAGCCUUUGCCAAGGCAGUGUAUCUGAAAAAUCAUGCACGUAUUCAUACCGGAGAAAAACCCUACAAAUGUCAAACCUGUGGCAUGCAAUUUUCACAAUCUCCCCAUUUGAAAAAUCAUGAACGUACACAUAGCGGUGAACGACCGUAUGUGUGUGAAGUGUGUGAUAAAGGCUUUGCACGUCAUGCCACACUCUGGAAUCAUCGACGCAUUCACACCGGCGAAAAACCCUAUAAAUGUGAUAUAUGCGGUUCUGCAUUUUCACAAGCGGCUCAUUUGAAAAAUCAUGCCAAAGUUCAUUCAGGAGAAAAACCCUUCAAAUGUGAUAUCUGUUCGGCGGCAUUUGCUGAUCGUUUUGCCCUGAAACGUCAUCGUGGUAUUCAUGAAAAAUAUGGACAAACAGCGCCACGACAGCCAGCUCAAGUGCCACAAACACAACAAAAUCAACAAGAUAAUGGGUCUGGCGGUGACCGACAACAGUUGGUUAUACAAAAACAAGAAUUACCCGAUAUCGAUGAUGAUGCUCAGCAUGAGGUUAUAAUAUCUGGUUUAUAGACAAACUCUACCAGAGGAGGUGCUGUAUAUACGACAAGUACGACUGCGACGACAUAUCAACAUCACAAUCAAACACAGCCACCGCAACAAACAUCACAAAUUGUUGCCACAUCUAAUACUAACUCUACAAUGUCAUCGACAACUGCCUCAUAUUUACAUAAUUAUCAUCCUUUACAACAUGCCGAUGCAACGCCAGUCUACUAUCAUCAUCAUCAACAGCAGCAGCAACCUACAAAUAUCAGUGAUAUGGCAAAUAUUACCGAGGUGAUUUCUAUAAAUUCUUCGGCUUCUAGCACCAUUUUAACACCAAUUGCUAGCAAGCGGUAAUUGUAUGAAAGAGUUUAUUUGUGAAGCUGAAAAUUUUAAAAAGAAACAACUGGAUUAUUAUACACAAAAAUGUCUGGUUUCUCUAAAUAUACUCUGUGGCCCCCCAUUCGAUGAUGAUUUUGACCUAUUGGUGCUCUUGCCGUUUCACUCGUUAAAUAAAUAAUUAAAACCUUUUGUUUUCCUUAACCAAAUGUAAAUAAAUUUAAAUACGUAGUACUACAUUUUAAGUAGUACUUACUCUUAGUCUAUAAACAAAUCCUUUUUAAUUUAAUUUUUAAAUUUAAGCUUAGCUUUUCCUUAAACACCUUUUUUGUUUUCCUCUACUUAUAAGAUUAUUAAGCUAAAUUAUUAAGAUAAAACAAAGUUGCUUGACAACCUAAAAUUUAUUAACAUAUAAACAAUUAUAAUAAUUAUUUAAUAAAUAAAAAAACAACUCUACGCAUACAUCAUAAACCUUCAAUAAUUAAUAUUUAACAACUAAAUUAAGUUCUCUACUUCCUUUUACUUGUAUAAAUAAACAAAAAUAAAAAAAUUUUCUUAGAAAAUUUUAAAAACAAAAGAAACAACUUUCUUUUAGUUGAAAUGCUUUCAUAACUUUUAAGUUUUCAAAUAAAUUCUAAGAUUUUGUAAAGUAAUUAAACCUCCCAUAAUGUUAAUAAAAUGGAAGUUUUUCCUUUUAAAGCGCUUAUUUUAAAAUUUGUAGAGUUUUUCUUUUAGUGUAAAAAAUUGUCCUGAACAAUUGUUCAGCUAUAAAACAAGUGGUAUUUUUAUUAAGGACUUAAAAACUUUCUUUGGUUUUUAUUUUGCUCGUUUGUAAGAAAAAGCAAUAUAUUUUUAAUAAAUAUCAACAUAUAUUUUUGUUAAAAAUUUAGCUAAUUAUUUAACAUAAAUGAAUAAACUACUUUAAGCAACGAUUUUGUAUAACAUACUUAAAUAUUAAAUUUAAAUUAAAAAAAAAAAAACACGUCAACCCCUACAAUAACUGUGUAAAUAAUUUAUAAAAUGAAAAUCAUAAAGAAAUUUGAUUAAAAUAAAAUUAUACAAAAAUU